AUGGCUACCAAUGAACUGGAUCAGUUUCUGGACAAUGUUGAUGAGAUGGUCCUAGAAUGUACAAUAUGCUUUAAGAGACUUCAAAAUCCUAAAUCCCUCAACUGCUUCCAUAGUUUCUGUUUGGCAUGUCUGGAAGACUGGGUUAAGGAGAAGGGUAAGCUGACUUGUCCAACUUGCUCAAAAUCAUAUCUGAUUCCAGAGGGUGGGCUUCAGAAGCUUCCACCAAACAUGUUUCUGAUUAACUUAUUAGAAACUAUUGAACAAAUUGACAAAAGAGAUGAGAUGAAAUGUAUUUGUGAAAGAGGAGAGGCAAAACACUACUGCCAGGAAUGCAGAUAUUACUUGUGCUGUACUUGUAGUAACCAUCACAAAAUAUUUCCAGCGUUAGUAAACCACAAGCUACAUUCAGUGGAGGAAGUGCGAUCAAUGAGCCCUUUACAGAUUGCAGCGUUACAUCCUCCGCUGUGUUCACUUCACAACAAGACUUUAGAAUUUUUCUGCAGCAUAUGCAAUAUUCCAAUAUGCAUGCAUUGCACAGUUACUGACCACAAUGCAUGGGAAGGAAAUCACAAACCAAUCAGCAUUUCUGAAGCAUUCCAAACAUUUAAAGAAACUUCAGCAACAUUGGAGAAAGCUGCCAAUGACUGCAAAAACAAAUUGCAAGAUGGCCUUAAAGCAGUAAUUCAGAAUGCUACAAAAUUAGAACAAAGUAAAGAUACAAGUUUAAGAGAUGUCAACAAUCAUCUUUUGCAGAGUGAUAAAGCAACAGCAAUGCAGUCAAGUAAUAGAGUAAUUAUAGCACUGAAGGACAGAAUCAAUGAAUUGCCAAAAACAAAGCCAGCUGAUAAUGGACAGAUUUACAUCUACAUAAACAAAAAACAAAUGACUUCAUUGCAAGGAUUUGAUAUUGGGUAUGUAUCACACAUGAGAGUAGCAGACUAUAUAACAUUAAAGGGAGGGAAAUAUAUGACCGAAGGUGCGGAAGUUGUCGAAAUAAUAAAAACAGAUGAAUGUGAAGUAAAUGCAAAUAAACUGAAGGCAAGGACACAGCCUACAAGAAAAACCAACAUCGCCAAAGUUGAAGAAGGUGACAAUGGAGAUUAUUUUAUGACAAGUAAAUGCACAAGUCCAGGAGUUUGUAAACUAGACAUGAGUGCUAAUGGUGAACCAAUCAAGCAGUCACCUAUGAUGAUCAAAUUAGAGAAAGAAGGAUUAGUAUUUACCAUUCUAAUAGACAAAGUAAAUAGAGAUGUAGUUAUGUGUAAAGAUGAUUCCCUGCUGGUUUCAUGUUUUACAAAUGAAAUACUACAAUACACGCAAUCAGGAGAAUAUAUUGGUACGGUUACAUUGCCACAAGGUGUGAAAGUUAGAACAAUGUACACAAUGAAGAAUGGUAACAUAGCAUUCACUGACUCAGGAAAUGAAUGCAUCAAAAUAUGCAAUAUGAAUGGUCAAGUGGUCAAAUCAAUUGGUCAUGGAGUUUUGAAGGAUCCAGUUGGCAUCUAUGUGGAUGAAGAAUCAAGUAUUUUGUAUGUAGGAGAUUGGAAUAUUAACUGUGUGUUCAUGUUUAACAUUUCUAACGGUUGUAUACUGAAGAAGAUAUCAAAAGGCAAACAGGAUGGUCAAAUGAAGGGAGUCUAUGAUAUUACCCUUACAAAUCAAGGACACCUUCUUGUAUUGGAGCAUGGCAACAGUAGAUUACUAUUAUUUGAUUAUGAAGGAAGGUUCAUGAAUGUCCUUGUUGAAGCAGGUAAUGAAAAUGGUAAGGUGAGGAAUCCACGUGCAGUAGUAGUUGAUGAGGAUGACAACAUCAUUAUAUCAAGUGAUCACAAACUACAACUUUUCAGUAGUGAUGGAAUUUUCAUUAAAAGAAUUGAUAAGCAUGAAGAUGGAAUCAACAAUUCAUGUGGAUUAUGCAUCAUUUCCCAUCAUCCAAGGAGAGUUGCAGUGGCAAAUAAGGGUAACGGCACAGUAGCAAUAUUCAAUUACUAAAUAUUGAUAGUCAGCUAGCCUAAUAUUGUUGUGUUGUUUGCAUUAUAUAUAAAAUGUAUAUGUGUAAUAUGAAUAUGAAUAAUAUAUGAAAAUAACUACAUCUAUUAUUUCAUAUAAUCCACAUAGAGUUGCAGUUGUGGUGACCAAACCCUAUAAACUAUUGACCAUGGAUUAGGGCAGUCAACAAGUUAUCUAGUCGAGCUCCUGAUAAUUUUUGAAAAUUUGCUACCUUUCGCUGAUUUAUUUGUUGGUAUUUACAUCAUUGUAAAGAAUAUUUAAUGAGGAUCUAGGAUCAUUGAUUGUUUUGAACUGUUUCAAGGUAUUCUUUAGGUAAUUUCUCAAUGUUUGUGGUAUAAUUUCUACGUCUCACCAAGCUUUAAACAGCACAGCCAAGCAUCUCUGUAUGGGCAACCUGUGUACGGUAAGAAUGGCCCCAGAAAAAAUG